UAUCAUAUUGUAAAGGGACUUCCUCAGGAUUGUAGACCUUCCUCUCUAUGGGUCCUAUGUCACAUUACUAUACUAUUGAUCUACUGGACUAAUAAAGCUUGAUAGCUCAUUGAAGAGUGAUUCUCCACAGAGGCAGCUGGGGAUGAGUCAGCAGAAGGUCCAGCAGAGAUUCCAGGAGAGAGAGAAGGAGCUGAAGGAGCUCCAACAGGCUGUGGAGUCUUUCAAGCGCUCUGCACAGUCAGCAGUGGAGGACAGUGAUCAGAUCUUUACUGAGCUGAUCCGCUCCAUUGAGAGAAGGAGCUCUGAGGUGAAGGAGCUGAUCAGAGCCCAAGAGAAGGCUCAAGUGAGUCAAGCUGAAGGACUCCUGGAGCAACUGAAGCAGGAGAUAGCUGAGCUGAGGAAGAGAAGCACUGAGCUGGAGCAGCUCUCACACACAGAGGAUCACAUCCAUUUCCUCCAGAGUUAUCAGUCUCUCUCCAGUAUCAGUGUAUCUUCAGACUUACCCAGCAUCGUUGUCCGUCCUCUUCAGUACUUUGGAGAUGUGAGUAAGACUGUGUCUGAACUGAGAGAGAAACUAGAAGACUUCCUUAAAGGAGAAUGGACCAAGAUCUCCACUACAGUGAAUAUAGUGGAUGUUGUACUGCCUCCAGAGCCCAAGACCAGAGAACAGUUGUUACAAUAUUCCUGUCAGCUCACACUGGACCCUAACACAGCAAACACACUCCUCUCUCUGUCUAAAGGGAACAGAAAGGUGACCUAUACAGACCAAGUCCAACGAUAUCCUGACCAUCCAGACAGAUUCACCAACAACUACUGUCGGGUUCUGUGUAGAGAGGGUCUGUCUGGACGCUGUUACUGGGAGGUGGAGUGGACUGGUAAUGUUUAUACAGCAGUCUCAUAUAAAGACAUCAGCAGAACAGGGAGAGAUAGUGGAUUUGGACACAAUAACAAGUCCUGGAGUUUAAGGUGCUCUAGAGGUGGUUAUUGUUUCAGACACAAUAAUGUUGAGACUAAAGUAUCAGGCCCUCAGUCCUCCAGAGUAGGAGUGUACCUGGAUCACAAGGCAGGUACUCUGUCCUUCUACAGUGUCUCUUACACAAUGACCCUCCUCCACAGAGUCCAGACAACAUUCACUCAGACCCUCUAUCCUGGGUUUUAUCUCUCUGGUAAUUUGUGUAACUCUACUGUUAAGCUGGUUAAACUGUAGUAGGGCCCACAUAGAUACUAGUCAUGCUGGUGUAGUCUAUAGCUGAGCUGGUUAAACUGUAGUAGGGUCCACAUAGAUACUAGUCAUGCUGGUGUAGUC